GGUAUGUUCAGUAUAAUUUUAUUCGUACGCCGGUAAAGAACAGAGUUCGUUUUAAAAAGUCCCCAGAAAAAUUAUCCGUCUACUUUUUUUUUUUUUAUUUCGUUUGUACUUUACUGACUAUACUUUUGGUAUUAAUAUAAAUUUUUAUUAGUCUAUCAGACGGACUUGUUUUUACCACAAAAUUUAUAAGUUUUCAGUGUACGUGUAAAAAAAAUUGUAUUUUGGACUCGAAAUUAGGUAAUACCGUGUUUUAACGAAAUAACGAAGCGUCAAGUACGAUAGCCAAACAGCAAAACCCAUACAUAAAAAGCAAAUAGCCACAAAACCUCAACUAGCAGCAGGAUGAAGUCGGUACGUCAGUUCCAGAGCUCUCUGAAGACAGUGCGUGUCCUGUGCCAGCCCCAAAACCUGGGAAAGAUCGGCGUACGUUUCACCAGCGGCUGUGGCGAGCAUUCGGCCCUCACCAAGGGCGUGGUGGUCGGUCUCUAUCAGAAGGAGGGGGACAAGGACCCCAAGCUGACUCCGGCCGGCCAAAAGAUUGACAACCGAACUGACGGGAAGCUGAUGCAGGUGAUCUGCGAGACCCGCCUGGACGGCCGCCUCGGACGCGGCAAGGUUUUCAGCAACAUCGACAAUGAAUUUGCUUCGGUGGCCGUUGUGGGAGUGGGUCUCGAAGGCAUCGGUUUCAACGAGCUGGAAAUGAUUGACGAGGGCAUGGAGUUUGUCCGCGUGGCGGCCGGAGUGGGUGCACGGGCCCUGCAGCGCCAGGGCGUUGGUCUGGUCUCGGUUGAUGGCAUGGACUAUGCGGAACAGGCGGCCGAAGGCUCUCAGCUGGCCGUCUGGCGGUUCCCCGAUAACCUCUCCAAGGCCAACAAGCCCAUGGUACCGCAACUGGAGCUGUUCGACUCGUCCGAUAAUGAGGGCUGGACGCGCGGCAUCUUCAAGGCCGAAGCCCAGAACCUGGCCCGACGCGUCAGCGAUGCCCCCUCCAACUGCAUGACCCCCACCCUGUUCGCCCAGGCCGCGGUGGACGCCCUCUGCCCGUGCGGCAUCAGUGUCGAGGUGCGCACCAUGGACUGGAUCGAGACGCAGCGAUUGAACGCCUUCCUCAUGAUCGCCAAGGGCAGUUGCGAGCCGCCGGUAUUCCUCGAGAUCAGCUACUGCGGCACCGUUCCCGAGGACAAGCCCAUCCUGUUUGUGGGCAAGGGAAUCACCUUCAAUUCCGGCGCCAUCAACCUGCGCCCUUGCAAGGGUAUGGACGAAUACCGUGGCUCCAUGUCCGGCGCUGCCGCCGUGGUGGCCAUGAUGCGCUGCGUCGCCGCCCUGUCCCUGCCCAUCAAUGUCACUUGCGUUAUUCCCCUGUGCGAGAACAUGCCCUCUGGCAUGUCGGCCAAGCCUGGCGACGUGAUCACGCUCCUCAAUGGCAAAACAAUGGCCGUGCGUGACCUGGACAAGGCCGGCGUGGUGGUGCUCGCCGACGCCCUAUUGUACGGGCAGAAGACCUAUUUGCCCCGUCUGGUCGUCGAUAUCGCCACCCUCAAUACCGGCGUCAAGAAGGCCUUCGGUGGCGGUGCUACUGGCAUCUUCUCCAACUCGCACUACAUCUGGAAGCAGUUCCAGCGCGCCGGUGCCAUCUCCGGCGAUCGGUUGUGGCGUCUUCCCCUGUGGCACUACUACAAGAAGCAGGUCACCGAUGAGCGCUCCUUCGAUUUGAGCAACAAUGGCCGCGGCCUGGCUUCAUCCUGCCUGGCGGCUGCCAUCCUUCACGAGCUGGUGCCCUGCUUGGAUUGGGCUCAUCUGGAUACCCGCGGCACAGGGCUUCUCACCAAGUACGGGCUGGUGCCGUAUCUUACCGCGAAACGGAUGACCGGACGGCCCACGCGCACUCUGGUGCAGUUCGUCUACCAAAUAGCUUGUCCCGAAAUGAAGUGAGAGGAGUACUCGUGAUGGUUGCAUCACGGCAGCCAAGUUGUUUUACGAGUAAUUUGUAUUUUUCAUUUUUUAUAAGUACAAUAUAAUGCGCGGCGUAUUAGUAA